CCUGCGCUUCUCGUAACGGAGACUCCAGACGCGCAGCGUGGUAGCAGACGGGGCGCACAGAGCGUCUGUCCCUCUGAUUUUUUUUGUCGCACAGGGGAUCGUAUACCUUACAUUCCGGCAGAAGCGGCAAGUUGAAUAGCCGUCACCGCAUCCCUCUGCAACUUGUCAAGGCAAAGGCAUUUGUUUCCACCGCCCGAUAACAAAGAAGUUGGAGGGGAGCGACAGAGCACGAAAGAGACUAAUGUUGGAUGGCAUAGUAAAGACAACCUGAAGGACCUGAGAGCCAUCAUUCGCACAGAGUGGCAGCAAGGUCAUGAGGCUAAGGGAUGAUUUGUCCUUUUCCUGCCAAUGAAUCACUGAUGGAGUUGUCACGAUGGGCAUAUAAAUAACGUAGGACCUUUGAAGAAGUACUUUUCCAAACCACUGGAUUGUUCUGGAGUGAAAAGCCAUCGAAGAUCAAACAAAGAGUCAAAACUAGUCAUGACAUUUCAAGGAACAGGACUACAGAAGAGUUUUCUUUGCAAAAAAAGUUAAAAAGAGUUAUUUUGGACAGCUUAGUAUUAAACCACCUGAAGUACGCACCAACCAACCAAGUGAAGUCUGAAACAGUAAAAACAACCAAGUCAAGAAUGAAUGGAAACCAUUACUCUUCAGGGGCAGGAUCCCUGUUUUCCCUUAGUUUCCCCACUAAGUGAGCCAAUGUAUUAAAAUCUUUUGGGUUUUUUUGCCUUCAAAAUUUAAGCUUGAAAGACAUUUCAAGUAGUUUCACUACUUUUCGGUCAUACUUAAAAAAAUAUCAGAAACUCUAUGAAGUGGAGCAGAUAGUAUAAAAGAAUCAGGAUGACCGACCAUGUUACAGUACAAACAGAAACUCUGCAGGUGGUAGGAAUCCAAUAUGCCCCAUGACCUGCUCUGUAUUCAGCAGAUAAGUUCAGAUUUAUUUGUGAUCCCAUGGAUUAACUUUCAAGUUCUCACACAAAGACCUUUCAUGUUUUCCCUGGUGGAGUUUUAUUUGGUAUAAAACUACAACCGAAAAACUCUUCCUGUCUGCAUGCAUCUUUUAUAUUACAUGUAGACCCAGGGUGGGUUUACUUCUUUUUUUUUUCUCCCUAAUUUAAAAAAAGAAAAAAAAAUGGCUCCUUCUUGGACAGCAGGAGCUUGGACAUUGUUCGCAGCAUUGGGUCUUAUUAGCUGCUGCAGUUUUGGCUGGUGUGAGCCCUCAAGGACUAGUAGUUUGACCCCAGGAGGGAGUAGACAGGAACAAGGACCCUCAUCACUUGAACGAGUCAAGAGAGGAUGGGUGUGGAACCAGUUUUUUGUGGUGGAGGAGUACACAGGCACAGAGCCGCUAUACGUUGGAAAGAUCCAUACAGACUCUGACGAAGGGGAGGGCAACAUCAAGUACACUAUCUCUGGAGAAGGGGCUGGCUCCAUCUUCAUCAUCGAUGAGCUAACAGGAGACAUCCAUGCCACAGAGAGAUUGGACCGGGAAGAGAAGGCCUCUUACACGCUUCGGGCUCAGGCACGGGAUAGGCUGUCCAACGACCCUCUUGAACCAGAGUCAGAGUUUGUCAUCAAGGUCCAGGACAUCAACGACAGUGAACCCAAGUUCUUGGAGGGUCCCUAUAUCGGCAGUGUGGCAGAGCUGUCGCCCAUAGGAACGGCCGUUAUGAACGUGACUGCAUCAGAUGCUGACGACCCUACAUAUGGCAGCAGUGCCAGAGUGGUCUACAGCGUACUGGAUGGAGAAAAGUUUUUCACUGUUGACAGAAAAACAGGGACCAUCAUGACAGCAGUGGCGGAUUUGGACCGUGAGACACAGGAUCGUUACGAGUUGGUUGUCAAGGCAACAGACAUGGCAGGACAAAUGGGCGGUCUCUCCGGCUCCACCACGGUGACCAUAGUGAUCACAGAUGUUAAUGACAACCCACCGCGCUUCCCACAGAAGAUGUACCAUUUUUCGGUGUCAGAGGGGGUGGCUGUGGGGACACCAGUUGGACGCGUCAUUGCCACAGAUGCCGACAUGGGAGAGAACACAGACAUGAGCUACCUGAUCAAAGAGGGAGGGGACCUCUUCAAGGUCACUACUGAUGUUGAGACUCAGGAAGCUGUUGUCUCCAUCAAGAAGCCCCUGGACUUUGAGACCAAGCGCACACACAGUGUGGUGGUGGAGGCAGUAAAUAAGCAUGUUGACCCUCGCUUCGAGGACCUGGUUUCCUUCCGAGACCAGACCAUUGUCCAAGUCAGUGUGUCAGACAUAGAUGAGCCACCCAUUUUUCAACCAGCAGAGGGUGCAAUCAUGGAAGUGCAGGAGGAUGCCAAAGUUGGAGCGCUGGUUGGCAUUGUCACUGCCAGAGAUCCAGAUGGGAAGAAUAAACCUGUCAGGUUUUCCAUCGAUCGGACCACAGACCAGGAGAUGAUCUUCCAUAUUGAUCCUGAUUCAGGUGCUAUCACACUGGGCAAGAUUUUGGACCGGGAGACCGCAGGCUGGCACAAUAUCACUGUGAAGGCUGUAGAAGCAGAUAACCACACCAUGGCUUCCCACUCUGCAGUGAGUAUUCGGAUUCUGGAUGUUAAUGACAAUCCUCCUGAACUGGCAACACCAUACGAAGCCUCAGUAUGUGAAGAUGCCAAACCAGGCCAGUUAAUUCACACCAUCAGUGUGGUGGAUAGAGACGAGCCACAAUCUGGACAUCGCUUCUACUUCACCCUGGCCCCGGAAGCCUCCAGCAAUCGACACUUCACCCUGUGGGAUGUCAAAGACAACACAGCUGGAAUCUGGACCCAGCGGUCAGGCUUUAACCGCCAUGAGCAGAAUGUGUACUUCCUGCCUAUCCUGGUGGUUGACAGCGGGCCUCCCUCCCUCAGCUCCACAGGCACCCUGACCAUUCAUGUCUGUGGCUGUGACACAGAGGGAGCCAUCCAGUCCUGCAAUGCCACAGCCUAUGUAAUGAGUGCUGCUCUCAGCCCUGGGGCACUUAUAGCCCUACUGGUCUGCAUGCUCAUCCUCAUAGUCCUUGUCUUGCUGAUCCUGACCCUGAAACGCCACAGGAAGGGCCAGAGGAUGGCCGAGGAUGAGGAGGACAUGAGGGAUAACGUCAUCAAAUACAAUGACGAGGGUGGCGGGGAGCAGGACACUCAGGCAUAUGACAUGAGUGCCCUGAGGAACCUCUAUGACUUCCCAGAAGCCAAGAGCUGUGACUCUGGCCCAGACAUCCGCUCACUGCCGCAGUGGAUACAGGCUAACCGGGUGGGAGGGGGUGCAGAGGGACCUGCAGCAGCGGCGGCAGACUUCUCCCUAUUCAAAGGCUACAUCCGAAAGAAGGUGGAACAGGCAGAUGCUGAUCUGUCGGUGCCUCCGUAUGACUCCUUCCAGACGUACGCCUUUGAGGGCACCAGUUCACCAGCGCUUUCACUCAGCUCCAUCCACACGCUGUCCACCACCUCGGAACAGGAUUUCUCCUACCUCAGCGACUGGGGACCACGUUUCAGGCAACUGGCAGGCUACUACGCUCCAGGAAACCUCGAGGAGGAAGGGUCCUAGCACAGCUUCUCCUCUGCAGAGACAUUUAAACUCCCUCUUCUUCCUUCUUCUUCUUUGCCUCCUCUUCUCACCCUCUGGCACUCUACUGAGAUCAUCAGAGCCAGCACUGUGUACUCUUUAAGGACCACCUCUUUAUCUCUGAAAGACAAUUCACAGUGUAGAACUUUGAAAUCAAGUUUUUUUUUACACUGUAUGGCAUUUGUGAGAGUUUUCAAACAUCAGCAUGAAAGCGCUGAUGAUAUGAGAAAGAGUGAAGAAAAAGAUAUCCAGUCACAAAAAUUGCCAUUUAGUCUGAAGGGAAGAUUUUCUCACUCCCAAAUCAUAAAUGACAACCUUUAUUUUAAACUACGAUACUGUUUUCAGAGUUUAAAAUAUCAACAUUACGUAGGUAGGAUUUAACCAUGCCAAGGGAAACUGUCUGACAAACAUGUAUUUAUUUAAGGAGGAAAUAUUUAUGUAUUUAUUUGUUUUUAUGUAUUUAUUUAUUUAUUUACACCAUGAUCACUAUGGUAACUGCAACAGUGAACUCUGCUGAAGUGCAACAGAAAAAGGAAGUGGAGGAGGACAUUAUAAAAAGAAUGAGAGACAAUGUGGAAGAGAGAAAGGACUGCGAGUGCAGAGGUGACAUCUGGGUCGUAUAAAAAUUACAUUCUGGAAAAUAUUUGUAUUUAUUUUCUAUGACCACUUUUGUAAAAUAGACGGAUAGAUGAAAAGCAGAGUCAAAUAGAAAGAGGGAACAGAUGGAGUGAAAGAACUGCAGAAGAAAAGAGCUGCCAGGUCAGUCUGAACGGUUGAGACUGACAUACUUUUGCUGUAUUUUUGUGAUUUAUAAAAGGGGUUUUGGAGGUCACAAACUGAGGACAAUUCUGUGUUAACAAUUUCUUUUCUUAUCGUCUCCACAGCCAAUUGUAAGGCAAUAAGGCACAAACCGCAACAGUGAUUUAAGACUACACAAAAUGACUGUUUCAUGGAAUUGGCUGGUGGCCAGCUUUGUCCCACAGGGAGACAGUUUUCAUUCCAGAUUUGUGUGUGAAUGUGUACAAUAUGUUCAAUUCAUUUUAUAUCCUGAGACAUUUGAUUUUUCUUUUGAUAUUUUAUUAACCUUUGGGGAGGGAGGGGGAUCUAUUGACAGCAGGACAGUUGUGUCUAAUUAAGAGGGAAUGGGUUCAGCGUAACAGGAUGAAUGGACUGGUCACAUCCACCUGAUAUCCACAACCUAUUCAAUGUUGCAAAUGUAUGAAAAAAAAAAAAAAAAUGAAAACAAAUAAAUAUUUAAUUUUUUUGGUAAAAACCUACAUCUCGCUGUCUGCAAUGAACUAAAUUGCUUAGUAAGUGAGAUCACAGUGAUAAAGUAAAUAGAGCAUCCCUGUUACUAAUUAUUGUUUGCCACUUGUUUGCUGAAGAUGUCUCCUGAAUUAUGAAUAAUUGUGGAGCUAGCGUGUGUUUACACCAGGGGUAGAUUCAGAGAAUAGUCCUAGAUGGAAACAAACAGACCAUAUGACAGCCCACAGCCAAACAAAGACUCUCCUCUCAGUGUGGCUCCCUCCUGGCUGCCUUCUGCCAAACUACUGUAAUUGUCGUAGUCACCAGAGGAUGCUGAGGCAUAAGAAGAUGCUUUCAUCUUUAUGAUCUGCUGCUAAAAUAGCCAGUCAGACAGUGGCUGAGAUUCACAUUCAAUUGCUUUCAUAACUGUGUUUCAAAGAAAAUGUCAGCUUUUUUCCCCGGUCAUUAGUAGGUCUACUGUAUCCACUGACUGCUGAGAGCUGACUUUGGACUGUGUUUCAAACAUAAAUUAUCCAUCACUGAAACAACAAGAAGCUUUCUCCAGACUUUUAGUCUUCUGUUAUGGAGCUGAAGUGGCAGCAACUUGGAAAAAAUACAAAAGUACUGCAGCUGUCACACUCCUUUUUGUCUGUACAAGUGUGGGAAUGAUGCCACAAUUAGCAAAUUCAGGUUUUGCUCAUUUUACAACAGUGGUGAUAAUCUGAGUCACCAACAAAAGUGUGUAAUUCACCAAGGACAACAAUAAAUAGUCUGAUACAUUUGAUAAAUAGUCAGAUACAUUUGUAAUUUAGUUAGGUAAAAGUUCAAACUUAUAUUGAUUUCACAAUGUAAAUCACAUUUUACGUAACUGCCUUUCUAAAAAUGCAGCAUUCCCCAUUACUGCAUUGACCUAUACCACUGCAAUGUAUGUAUUUAUUUGUGUAUCUCUGCCAAGGAGUAAUUUGGCCAUUUAUUAUUAAUCAUAGCCUUUAGCCGAACAGCAUUUGCUAACUGACAACCUAAUAUCAUAGUCUGGAUAUACACACAUAUAGGUCAGCAUGAGCUCCACAGUCACAGUCACACAGUGGGGAGGUAAAUACAUGUGUGCCUUUAAAGAAACUCUGUACAAAACAAUGCCAUCUGGAUGGCCAUCGGUCUUGUGACUAAUGCUGUGAAAGCUGAGGUUAAAGAGUAAGAACAUAUUCGGGGGAAGAAAGCUCCCCUGGUCACUUCAAUCCUAUUUUCCCUGAAAACAUGCCUUUCAUUUAUUUUCCAUCAUUGUCACAGUAAAUGUCAUUUCCUAACGAUGGCCUGCACAUGUGAACAUAAGAAUGUGUUUCCAUAAAUCAGACUAUUUCCCCCCAACUCCAAGGGCAAAAUGAGGGCCCGUCAUUAGUUAUGCAGAUAGAUGUUUGGUGAUUGACAGUUGUUCUCUCGGGGGACAGCUGUGUGCACAUAAUAUAUCCUCUUCUCUUCUCACUUGGCCGGGUAAUGACAAUUGAUUAAACAUUGGGGGGAAAUAUAAAUGGGCACUGCAGAAAAUAUCAAUCAUAUAUAGCCUAAUAACUGAAUAGCAUUAGUUUAAAAAAACAUUUGCUUUUCAGACACACUCAAAACAAAGCGUUCACCUUUACCAGGCUAACAACAAAUCCAUUUAGCCAAAAUACACUGCAUAAGCAAACCUGAAUUCAACACAACAAAUGCAAAUGCAGCACUCUGACAAGUUGAAUUAAUAAAGUGUGAUGGCUAUUAUAGUUAGAUGGCCAUUGACUCUUAACAAAAAUUGCACUCAGGUAUAGACCUGCGUGUGUUUUAUUUACAAAAUGACACCUUUUCCAUGUCUAGACAAGCACUUCAUUCAAAGCUUAGAUAAUGACGAUGACUGUCUUGUUGUUGUUUUUGUGACAGUACAUUACUUGGACCUGUGAAGAUCAUUCAAUUUAUUUUAUACAAUAUUAAAUAAAAAACAAUAGCACCAUUUGUAUAGUACUUUAAAAACUCAGGAAGUGAAGUUAAGUGCUUGAAAAUCAAAUGAAAGGCCUUAAAUAAAACAAAAAACUAAGUAAGACACAAUAAGCAUAGAAAAAAAAAAAAAAACCUAGAGGCAUCAAACAGCAUGCAAACCGUUUUCAAAACCACUUAACUUGUUUAGGACAGCAGUGGGCCAGGAGCCUUUCCCAGCAUGCAGUGGGCAAAAGGCAGGCUACACUUUGAACAUGUCACUAGUCCAUCACAGGGUGAACACAUACAGAUACCCCAGGCAGUUAAGUUUCCUCUUCACCUAACCUGUGUGGCUUUGGAUGGCACCUGAAGGAAACCUCUGCAGGAACAUGGACACCAUGCAAACUCCACAGAGAAAAGAGCCAGGAUCUUUUUCGCUUUGAGGCAACAGUGCCCCCAUCAAAUAAAAACACAUCUACAAAAAUAUGUUUAAAGCCGUUAAGAUGAUAUUGAUUCUGUUAUUGCCCAAGCUCCUCAGGCAUGUUGUUCCAAAUCACAGAGGCCCUGAUGGAAAAAGCCUGGUUACCCCUUCUUUUAAUUCUAAAUGGUGAAUCAGCCAGAAGGGCCGUGCUCAAGGAUCAGAGGCUGUGCACUUGCUCAAAGAGGGAUAAAAUGUGUGAAGUAUAGCCAGGGGCCAAACCUAACUAAGCUUUAAAGCUGAUCAGUAGAAUUUAUGAGUGACAAUUUAGCUUUUUGCAGGCUGGUAACACAGGAUACCUUUGGUUUUAUGCUUCUGUAUAGAAUAUCUAAAUAAGGAGUCUUAACGAGGAUAAAAAUGUCUUAAAACUCCAUCAUGCAUGUUUUUCUAUAUUACCAAGUGUUGCAAGUACUGCUGCUCCCACUAAGAAUCAACAGCUUUAAGCAGGUUUCAUCUGCUUGCUGUUUUCUUCUUUUGGUUUGUUGGUCUGUGUGAAUGAGUCCCUCUGGCUAUCACAACUCCCCCACAUAAAGCUGUACUUUCCAGUGCCUUUCAGUCCACAAGUUCCCAAAAUGACAGAGAGCCAAAGUAAGCACCAACCAGGACAAGUAAGCUGCACAUAGCAAGUCAAAGACCCAGAUUUCCCUCAGGGGGUACUCCAGUGGAAUAUGUACGCAUCUGCUUCUUUCUUCUGGACAUGUAAGUAUUGUACAUGUGAAACAACUGUUUGCUAAUAUGCUAGCCACAAGAACUUAAGAUGAUAUGGUUUAUAGAGGCUGCUUUUUCAUUUCAUUUCAUUUCAUUCUUGUGGUCAAAAAUCUUUAAAGUUGGAUUAUGAAUAAUGACACUUCUACAACUGUCACAUGUCGUGUACUGGAUAAGAGCACCAUAUUGAAUGUCCUACCUUCAGAUUUGGUAACUGUCUGGUUCAAGUUUAACUUCAGGCCACUGUCACAUAUUAUCUACAGCAGUGGUUCUCAACCUUGUUGGCUAACCCCCAAAUUGAGAAACAUCAAACAUACCCAUAUUUGAUAAGAUUAAAUAAUAAUGAAAUAGAAAAAAACAACAAAACAUACAUAUAUAUAUAUAUUUAUUUUAAUUUAAUUUAAUUUAAUUUAAUUUAAUUUUUUAUGUUUUGCCUCCCUGGAUCUACAGCACUGACAGCAAGCCUGCUGUGGAUGACAAUUGCUCUACAAAUUGGUGAGGUGGAAUGAUUGACAUUUGGCCCCAUUGAAUAGUUAUAAAAUAUAAUAUUUAGGGACCUGUAGCAAGUUAAAUUUCUUAGUGUCAUUGAAAUAAAAGGCGAUUACACAGGUUUAUGAUAAUAGAAAGCUUCUACAACCCUGCAGCAAGUUUAUUUUUUGUUACUGUUAAAUCAAAACUUGAAUGAAGGAGAGUGUGCAGGAGCUAUAUUCACUCCCUCACCUUGUCUGGCUGUUGUUUAUGUCAAAUGUAUUAUUCAUAUAUAUUUGAUCUUCAUUUAAGUAUUUAUUUGUUUUCUUGGUUGGGUGUGGUGCUCUCAUUAUCAGGUGCACAUAAAUGACCAGUUUACCAGGUGAUGGCAAUUUGGACCUUACCAAGUGGCAUUUGAAGAAGGGGUGAAGCCAGGGCUUCUUUUUCUUUAACUUUUGACUCCUUGAAGUAACACCAUCUCUAGUCUAGAGUGUAAUGUUGUAGAGUAAUUGUGCAGUUAAAAUUUUAAUUAAACAUUUUAUGUUGUCAA